ACGGCUUUAUACGAUGACGUCAUCAAGGCUGAGCUAGCAAAGCUCUGGCUGUGACGGCGCUGGCUGGGAUCGAGAGGACGAGAGCGAACAGACCUGCCCUGUACCUCUUGAUAAGUGAAGCUGCAACUCUAAAUCUAGAGGAGGUGAUACUAGCGUGAAACGCGACCUUGGAUACGGAAUACAACCUAGACGCGACCAUCAAGCACAGUAGUGGAAUGGAUCAGGAGCAAUUAAACGUGGCUCCAUUAACCAGACGGUCACGACACCUGUCAAGGGCCAAUGUGAUGAGCGAACUCCAUCGUCUCUGUCGAAACGGGGACUUGUCGGCCAUCAAGAGCUACCUGAACGAGGCCAUCAUGUCCAACGUGAUAAACCAGGUGGCCGGGGAGAACGGUUGUACGCCGCUGCACGAAGCAGCUAUGGCCGGACGAGACGAUGUAGUUAGACUUCUCAAGGAGGAGUGCCAGGAAUCCAUCGAUAUGGACGCCAGGUCCCAGCAUGGUCCGGCGUCCACCGCACUCCACCUCGCAGCAGAGAGGGGCCACGUAGAUGUCGUGGCGGCCCUAAUCAACUGCGGAGCGACGGUUGGGGCCGUGGAUCGACGGUGGAGAACUGCAAGGGACGUGGCCGAGGAAAACGGGAAGCGACAGGUUUUCCGAGUCAUCACUCUCACUGAAAUGCAGAAAGCAGCAAGAGAGGAACGCUAGAUAAGCUCACAGAGGUCCCUAUCCCAACUCACCGAGACAAGCCAACUCACCGACAGCGUCAAAAACAAUACAGCAGGAGACACUCAAUGCCUCACUAGUUGAGGCAGAAUAACGGGUAACUAUAAGAUAGUCCUCUACUGGUAGAUGCGGGGGCAACAGCUUGCCGAUGGCAUCGAGAAAGGUCCCCGGCUGAAUCACCUCCUGGCCUAUACCUCCGUGCUCUGCCAAGACUGCCACGAAGACGACAGGAGGACCAUCCGCACCAGCUCUUGCUCGACACGAAGCGAAGAGAGAUCAUGAACAGCUCGCUCUUGCCCGAGAUAGCCAAGCGUACCGCAGGUCAUGAUGCCUCUCCUGGACAGACGGUAACGCUGCCGUGUUGCUACAGCAAGACACCAUCAGGGUGCUCUAAAGCCAACAACGUCCUCGCAGUGGAAAUAUUCUCCAUGCGAUUUUCCAAGCACCCCAGCUCGGGUCAUCGUGAUUGCACGGCCUGGAUCUGGAAUCCAUUCCCUCCUCCGGUGCCUGGAUACCUGAGCAAUAGAGUACCCCACCCCAACCUCAACUUCAUCUCCUCCUUCUCGUUCACAAGCUAAAGCAGAUCCCGACGAGCUAACGCAGUUCAAGAACUGAUGAAGCUCCAGUGGAGUCACGAAUCAGCUCACUUUCGUCCCCGUCAGAAUCAGGAGCUUCCGUGUCUAGAGGCCCUUGCCUCGUCUUUCAACUCCAUCUCGUCCCUCCCAGAAGCCCUCCUGGGAAAGCUCUCCCUGGUUCUGACAGACAUCAAUCUCUCCCACAAUAAACUCUCUAGUCUCCCGGCCUACUUUGAGUCGGGUCAUCGCCAUUGGACAUCAGCAAGGUUCUCCCACAGUCCCAGAGUGUGUAUGUGCAUGCCCCAGCUCCAGUCCUCAACCUGAGCCACAAUAUCGAGAUCAGUCACAUUCCCUACGGCAUCGGGACCUGCGGUACAUGCAGGCCUAACUGGAGGAUUCCCUACCUCCCUAAACCUUCGCCACGCCAGGAGUGCCAGCCGCUAAUUUCCUCCCGAAAGCGCUUCGAGUCGAUGCAGCAAUCCCUCAUUUCGAGCUGCAGAUCGUGGGGUCACCCAUCAGCGAAAAAGUCGUCGACCAACUCCGACUUAUAUGAGUGUCGCCGGCCUCAAAACUCCCCUGUACAUCUUGCACUACUUGUAGCUCGGCGAGUCCAGUGUUUUGUACUCCAUAAUGUGUUUGCGCUGGAGAACACCAGCUACUGGUUGUGGGGACUGCCGACUACUAACGCAGCACAC